AUGAAGCAACUAGUGGGCAGUACAUGCCUUUGGCUCUGUCUAAUCACAGCUGCGGUGGCCAACAAGGAGCACUUCUGCGAACGAAACGUAACGGUUCGCAGUUUACGGCCCGUGACCAAACAACGCACCAUCGUGAGGCAGCCAUCGAAGCUGAAGUUCUGGAAGAAGGCCGAGACCCUCACGGAGGUCUACAACACACAAGAGGAGCAGCUCACAUACAAGCUGGUGAGCGAGUGCUGUGCAGGCUAUAGUCAAACGGAUGCGGGUCUCUGCGAGCCCAUUUGCGAACGCGGAUGUCCGGCCCAUGCCAGCUGUGUGGCGCCUCAGCGUUGCCAGUGCACCAACGGCUACGUAUCCGCGCAAUCGCAUCGUGAUGGCAGCCACUAUUGCGAGCCAGUCUGCGAACGAGCCUGUGGCCACAAUGCCUUCUGUGUGGCGCCCAACACAUGCGCUUGCCGCGAAGGCUUCCAAGCGCUAGCUCCUGCCGAUGAUGGCGUGAGCGGGCCUUGUGUGCCUACCUGUGUGAGCGGACAGUUUUGGAAUGGCGAGAAGCUGCGCUGCAUGGAUCCCAGAGAACAGGAGCUGCACGAGGAGCUGCAGGAUUUCAGCGACGUGACGGAGCUGCUUGAUUUCCUUGGCGACACCACGCCCCAACAAGUAACGCCCCCAUCCGAGUGCGAGGAGGGAUUUGUGUUGUAUGCGGGCGAGUGCCGUCCCCAACUCUUCGAAAGCAACGAAAGCAAACCGAAAAAGGUGGCCAGCACUCAACCUCAGGACUGCCGACAACCCAAUGUGGUGUGUGGUGAGCAUCAGGCCUGCAACGAGCUCGGCACCUGUGUCUGUUCCAGCGGCUACACCGCCAUCCUCAACGAUGAAAAUGUUGGCAGCACUGCUGCGACUCUCGCUGAUGAUGCUGGCCAAGGCACGCUUACCUGUCGCCGCAGCUUGCUGCAACAAUUGCUGAGCAUCGAUCAAGCAGCGGACGAUGAGGAUGAACUCAACCCACUUACCAUACCCAUUAUUGGUUUGGCUAGCGGUUCGCUCUUUGCUCUGCUCCUCAUUGGUUUGGCGGCCAACUGGCGGAAGCGGCGACAGCAGGCAGAGCAGGAGGCCGGACAACCCAAGCCGAGCCUUCAGUGCGAGUUCACGCAGAAAAGCUACGACGUGGAUGAGUGGGUGCCAUAAAGGGGCAACCCUUCGAUGGGCUGUGCAUACAUAAUUUAGUUCAACUUUUGAUUUUAGUCCUUAAGAGCAUUACAAUAAAUAUGAUGAACUGUUUAAAAUUUAA